AUGAAUGCCCAAUAUGAAUACCAUGCGGGGAUACCAGGGCACUCGAUUGAGAACUGCAUUGCGUUUAAGAAGGCGGUGGAAAGAUUCAUUAAGAUGGGGAUCGUAAAGUUUGAAAACCCAUCAGGACCAAACGUGGCAGGGAAUCCGUUACCCAAUCUUUCUGAUAAAUGGGUAAAUGCAAUAAUUGAGAAUGGGGGAAGGAGAAUCAAGGAUGACAUUGCGGAGAUCAAAGGACUAGAAGAAGGAGAAGUUUAUGCCUCGGAGGAAGGACCUACGGGAAAAGCCCAAAAUCACCCGGUGGUGAUUAUUUCAAGGCCAGGAUACACAAGAUCUGGAAUACAACUGGCGCCAAGGGUCAUAAUCCAAAAACCUGUAGCCUUUUCUUACAAGGAUAGCAAAAAGGUUCCUUGGAAUUAUGACUGCAAUGUGACGAUCCCGGGAGAGGAGAACCCGAUAAAUGCUUCAGAGGAGGGUAAUGAUGUAGGUUUCUAUACACGCAGCGGAAAACGCUAUGACCCAGCAAAUACAAAAGGGGAGCCUAUAAAAGAAAAAGCCUUGGCGGUUGAACAAGAUAAAACAAAGACGGCCAGAAUUGAAUCGCAUGUUAACAAAUCGGUGACUGAAAAUGAGGCUAGAGAAUUCUUAAAAUUCUUGAAGCAUAGCGAGUACAACGUGGUAGAACAACUACAUAAGCAACUGGCUCGCAUCUCAGUGCUCGAGCUACUUCUGAGUUUAGAGACACAUCGUAAUGCAUUGAUAAAAGUGCUAAAUGAGACUUAUGUUGCUAACGAUAUCUCAGUGAACAAGUUGGAUCACCUGGUUAACAAUAUAAAUGCCGGCAACUUCAUCUUCUUCAACGAUGAUGAGAUCCCGCCAGGUGGUAUGGGAUCUACCAAGGCUCUGCACAUCACUACCUGUUGCAAGGGGCACAUACUACCGAGGGUACUCAUUGAAAAUGGAUCAGCACUGAAUGUUUUACCCCUGUCCAUGUUAAACAGGCUGCCUGUGGAUAGUUCUCACAUGAAAUCAUGCCAAAAUAUAGUGAGAGCAUUUGAUGGAACUGAGAGGAAAGUGAUGAGAAGAAUCGAGAUACCUCUCACGAUUGGUCCAAAUACAUACGAGGUGGAUUUUUUGGUAAUAUAUAUCAAACCAUCUUACAAUUACCUAUUGGGGAGGCCUUGGAUCCAUAUUGCUGGGGCUGUACCGUCGACACUUCACCAAAAGUUAAAAUUGGGGAGCAAAAUUCCAGCGCCUAAAAUAUCCAAAGCUACGACAAUGAGUUUGCAGCUAACAAUGGGAAAGGUACCAUUGCCUGGAAGAGGACUUGGAAGAUACCUCCAGGGAUGGGUCGAAGUACCGAUCUUGGUUAACAAACAUGACCAUUGUGGUUUGGGGUAUAAGCCUGACGCAAGGGAAAGGAAGAAGGAAUUGGAGAAAAAGCGAGAGAAAAGAAGAGCACGUUUAAGCGGGAUGGAAACUAAAUGA